UUCACGGCGCGCAGAGACCGAAGCCGGCCACUUGGUCAGUCCGCCAGGUCGAGUUGCGCUGCCUGUCGGAGCCCGGGACGCCGCGCCACGGGGGAGGAGGCGAAGGGACGCGGCGAUGGCUCCGCGGGGACUCCCGGGGUCCGCCGUCCUCGCCGCUGCUGUCUUCGUGGGAGGCGCCGUGAGCUCGCCGUUGGUGGCCCCGGACCACGGGGGCGGCCACUCGGCGCACUCCGGAGCAGAGACCACCACUGCACCCACGAACAGCGACGGGAACGGGCAUCCCGAGUACAUCGCCUAUGCGCUUGUCCCCGUGUUCUUCGUCAUGGGUCUCUUCGGGGUCCUCAUCUGCCACCUGCUGAAGAAGAAAGGCUAUCGCUGCACCACUGAAGCUGAGCAAGAGGUGGAGGAAGAGAAGGUUGAAAAGAUAGAGCUGAAUGACAGUGUAAAUGAAAACAGUGAUACUGUUGGGCAAAUUGUCCACUACAUCAUGAAAAAUGAAGCCAAUGCCGAUGUCUUAAAGGCAAUGGUAGCAGACCACAGCCUGUAUGAUCCUGAGAGCCCUGUGACCCCCAGCACACCUGGGAGCCCACCUGUGAGUCCCGGGCCCUUGUCGCCAGGGGGCACUCCAGGGAGGCACAUCUGUGGCCACCACCUGCACACAGUGGGUGGCGCUGUGGAGAGGGAUGUGUGCAAUCGGUGUAGGCACAAGCGCUGGCACUUCAAACCCGCCGUCAAGUCCAAAGAUGGCCGCCCCAGGCGCCAAGGGGAAGUGACCGUCCUCUCUGUCGGCAGGUUUAGGGUUACAAAAGUAGAACACAAGUCCAAUCAGAAGGAACGGAGAAGCUUGAUGUCCGUGAGUGGGACUGAAGGCAUCAACGGGGAGCUGCCUGUGACCCCUGUGAAGAGAGAACGAAGUGACACGGAGUAGCGGGAGUGACUGUAUUUGAAGAGUUACAAGAGAUUGAAACCUUACGACAUAUGAAGUGGCCUAGGGAAUAUUUUUUUAUCUUUUGUACAGUUUCUGUCAUGGAAUCUGCUGUCACGUGAAUAAAAGCUGAAAGGGAAUAAAUACUGUGCUCUGCUAGCUAAGGAUGCAGUUUACUUUGAAACAGUUUUGAUUUCAAAAGUCUGAUAAAAAAAUGACUACAUUUCCAGGGAAGGAAAGAGCUCAGUGUUCGAAAUCUCCUCGCCGACCUCGCCGCCGGCCUCGGAGUCCACACCGUAGAGCUUUCCCAGUGUUCUCGCCGUGUUCGUGAAACUCUCUGUGCACAGCCUCGCUGAGGCUGUGUCUGUGUGUACACACUUGUCUCCCCAAACCUACAUUCCAUUUUGCUACUGGUUGUAAGAAGUCACCUUAUAGUUCAACUGUUACAAAAGAUAAAGGCGACUUCCAAAAAACCCUCCAAAAACCAGAGAUAACUCUUCAGUGGUGAAAUCCCCUUGAGGAUAAUCUGGUCUAGACCUGAGAGAUUGAUUUCCCUGUGACCCCUGGAUCAUGAAGUCAGAUGGAACCAGGUACUAGACUUUGGACCCAAAGGCCAAAAUUCAACAUUAAUUCCUGCUACCACCCUCUCAUCCCCCGAUCACUUAAAAAUUGAGGGUUUUUUUUUAACCCAAACUAAGCAGUUCUUAUUUAGUUGUUCAAUGAAGGGAAAAAUGUCCUAAAAUAAAAUGUUUUGGCAACCCAAGGAAAAAACAAAGCCCAAAAUUCUCCUUCUUGGUGCAACAUGGGACUGUACUUCUGGUAUUUUCUUUGGGGGUACUUCCUGUUUUCCACCUUGUAAUUAAUACUUUUUAUAUGACAUUUGCCGGUUUCUUUCCCCUGUAGAGCUGGAAAGCCCCUCUUCUCCCCGAGCCUUACAGUUUAUGAAACACCUGUAAAGAACCCAGAGGCAAAGAUAGAUUUCUAGAGGUCUGGGCUGAGGGAAGGGGGGUCCAGUUCCAGGGGACUCUGGGGAAUUGCCUGUGUCAGUGCUGGCUGGUGAUGGGGUACUUGUAGUUCAGAGAAAAAGCACAUUUUUCAUAUGGCUCCAUAAAGGUGAUUUUUAUAAAUAUGUACCUCAAAGUAUUCCCUGUAAAUAUCUUCAUUCCAUUCUGUUUCUGGCAUCAAACUAAACAGUUCUAACCUUUUAGAGGAAGGGUAGGUUUAAUUUCAUGUGAAUUUUUACUGAUAACAAAGUGAAAGGUCUGUAUAUAUGCAUGUAUGUAUACGUGUGUGUAUAUGUGUGUACAUAUACAUACACGUACAUACACACACUACACUUGAGGAAGUCAGUAUCAAAACCAAUUUUCAGGUCCAGAAAGUAGCAACUUAGGAGUUUUGGGGUAUGUAUUAUUGUAAAUAAUAUAUGCAUGGUUUAGGCCAAUAAGUUUUUUUUGUUUGUUUUUAAAGCAUUUUUGCUUUAAAAAUAUUAUGCCCUCAAAAUGGUGAGGGAUGAAGUGUAAGAUAUUCUUCAGCUUUAAUUAUUUUUCAAUGUUAUUCAGGUUAGAGAACUUUUUUUUUUUAAACAGCAAUACAACAGGC